GGCAAUGAAAAGAAACGCCAGUACCAGUGUUGGAAUUUUUGUACUUUAAAUAGUUUUGAAUACUUAUAUUGCUACACCUGUAAUUAAAGUGCUGCAUAAACAAUGUUCUACUUCAUUUCGAAAGUUUGUUUUUGUUAGAAAUAUCGAGGCUUUAAAAUGUUCGCUCUUAUAUCCAUGAAAAUAAUUCCUGGUUAGAAACCUAUUUUGCUUUUUUAUUCAGUCUUCAUUUUCUUUUCGUGUUUUUGUUCUACUUCAGUAUGUUAUUGCUCAGUGCUCACGGAAAUAAAGUAAUAAUAAUUUAAUAGGGACAUCGGUUAUCACAGUUGCUUUCUAGAUAAACAAAAUAAAAAAAAUAUCUGAAAAAAGGUUAUGCAUUUUGCAACAAAACUUCAUUAAACAAAUGUUGUGAAGCCGUUGGUAGUUAGUUUACUCUAAAGAACUGUUGCUUGGCGAGUAGAACAGUUGGAAUAACCAAGCUCGAUGCACAUUCAUAAUGGCUACAAAUAAAGUGCAGUGUUUUGUUUUGUUCAAAUCAUAGUUAAAUUAUUGUCGUUUAAUGGCAUAAGCUUAAGUUUGUGGCUGUAUUGUGUGUAAUAUUGUGUGAAAAAGUAGGCAAAUAACUUCGAAAACGGGGUCUUAUGUGUUCCUGUAUUUCUUAAUUGCUAUCAUAUCCUGUGCUAUUUUAAUGGAUAACAGAAAAGAGAGUUAGGCUACAAAAUUGCUUCUGUUGAAAAAGAAUUCUUUUCCGCUCAAAAUAUUAUAUGAACCAGAUCUUGCUGCCAGGAAAUUCAUUGAAGACUUAACGGCAUAGUAAAAUAGUUUAGAAAACGGUCCUUCAAUUUUCAACUAACAAACAUUUUACACAAUUGGAACUAAACCAAAUUCAAUCAAAAGCCAAAUAUAAAUAUAGUUCAUUUCGUUCCAAUAAAAUAAUGAAGCAAACAAAGUAAAGACUUUUUGUUCGUGUCCGAUAUUCAACAUCAAAAUAAUAAAAUACGGAAUUAUAAACCAUCCAUCCGGUUGAAAAGACAAAAACAAAUAAAGUAAAAUAUAUUUGAAAACAUGGCAAUUGGAAAUGAUACCAAAGCCAAGGCUGAUACGACAACAUCAACUGUAGUUGAUAGUAAUGCAUCAACUUCUUUGUCGAUUUCUACAAAUUCACCUUCCAUUUCGUUACCCUUACCAUCAGCAGAGAUCUUAUCGGCUGGGGUAGUGAUGGCUUCCAAUCAUAAAGAUCAUCAGCCAUUGCCGCCACUCUUCCGGCCGCCACAUUUGCAAUCACCUCAACCAGUAACUUCUUCAUUAUCUUCUGUUACCCUAACCACUACAAGUUGUGUGCCAGUUUGUUCAACAGGUGGCAUGACAAUGUCGGACUACCAUAAUCGUUAUCCUUCAUCGGAAGUUGAUGUAUAUAUUGAAGGAAACUGUAUGAGCGGCGAACAAAGCAUUAAUAAUAAUUCCAACUGUUUUGCCAGCGACAUUAGCAACAACAACGGUGAAAUAGUAAAUGAUGGAGGAUUUUUUGGUUCAACAAAUUCUGCGACAUCCAAUAAGUCAGAUACAUCAUCAAUAGGCAGUGUGAAUGGUUUCAUUAAAAAGAACGUUUCAUCUAAUGCUUUGGUGAACUCUCGAGAAGAUAUAACAUCACUUGGUGGCGCUUCAUCGAUAACUAGUCAUCAAUCGGCUAGCAGUUCUUAUCAUAAAAGAACCAAAGAUAUUGCAAGUCACAAAUACUGCAAUGGAGCAGUAUCACACGGCUUAAAAGAAAAUGACGAAGAUAACGAUCUUGGCCCGUUGCCUCCAAAGUGGGAAACUGCUUAUACUGAACGUGGUGAACUUUAUUUUAUUGACCACAACACAGGCACAUCUCAUUGGCUUGAUCCUAGACUGUCAAAAUUUCAAAAAAAAUCUCUGGAAGAUUGUAGUGAAAAUGAACUGCCCUACGGUUGGGAAAAGAUCGAUGAUGCUCUUUAUGGCACAUAUUACAUAGAUCACGUUAACCGUCGUACGCAAUAUGAGAAUCCUGUUCUUGAGGCUAAAAGAAGAUCUGCUGAACAGUCAAAUCAAGAACAUAUUAAUGUCGGUGAUUUGGUACAGCCCGAUGAAAACAAUUCAAUAUUGCCAUAUAAAUUCACCAAAAACCCUCAAGAAAUGCAAGGAGAGAGGAUAACAACAACUCUUUUGAAAUCAUCUCGUGGUCUUGGCAUCACAAUUGUGGGAGGUGAUGAUAAUGAAGAGGAAUUUUUGCAAAUUAAAUCGAUUGUUCCAAAUGGUCCAGCAUGGCUGGAUGGUCAGUUGCAAACUGGUGAUAUUCUCGUUUUUGUAAAUGACACCUGUGUCCUGGGGUUCACUCACCAUGAAAUGGUAAAUGUAUUCCAAAGUAUAUUACCUGGGGAGACGGUUACCCUAGAAGUGUGCAGGGGUUAUCCUCUUCCUUUUGAUCCAAACGACCCGAACACUGAAGUUGUAACAACAAUUGCUGUCGAUGGAAUAAGCUCGAACGCAGACAAAAAUCAAAUGCUCAUGAAUUUGAAUACGGAUGGGAACUAUAAUUUUGUAGAUAUAUCUGACUCCACAGGAAUGGAUAGAAAUAACCAACAGACACACAAACUUGGUCCAGGAAUAUCAAGUGAAUCAAAUGACAAAAACGUAAAUGAUGAAUUCAUUUUAAUGAAAAAACCCGAGGUACUUACAUUGGCUAUUUCUAAAGGCGGUAUGGGUUUUGGGUUUACAAUUGCUGAUAGCGCCCAUGGUCAGAAGGUGAAAAAAAUUCUAGAUAGAAACUGUUGUAAAAAUCUUCAAGAAGGAGAUAUUUUGCUUGAGAUAAACAAUUCUCCAGUGAACCAUAUGACACACUGUGAAGUAGUUCGGGUUUUAAAAGAUUGCCCAAAAACUGAAUCAACUACGGUAAAAAUUCAACGAGGGAACAAUAUAAGCAGUUCAAAUACGGGUGGUCUAACGUCUGUUAGUAGUGGUAAAUUAAGAAAAUUCAGUUUAAGCAGCAAGCAAGUUUUAGGAAGUGGAAUGUUUCGGAGUAAAACACCUAAUGCGGAACUUUAUAGCACUCAACCGAAAGAGAUUUUGCCAAUUCGGCCUAAAACACCAUUGGUUGAUACACGACGUGCUCGCGUGAAGACUCCUUCGCAUGAGCUUAAUGAAGAAAUAGCUGCAGUAACAAAUAGACUGGAGAAACAUAGUGAAGACAACAAGUCCAUCGGUGCAGAUGCCAAGUCGACCAAUAGUUUGCAAGAAAUUGAUUCCAUAAAUAAUGAUAUCCCAUUUAUGGAUCCAUAUCCAAAGUUAGUAACGAGCUUAAGUGAAAGACUAGCUGAAGCAUCAUUAGUAAAUGAAAAUCAUAAUAACAUUUAUCCAAUGGAUACAAAUAGAACGCUGCCUAAAAUAGAUGGAUAUGAAAAUAUGCUUACAUCUCCAGACUUCGGAUAUAAUUCUCUAUACGAUGGACUUACAGUUCAAAGAGAGCCUUACGAAGGCAGUGAACCUGCUCAACAAAAUGGUGAAGUAGGAAGCGGAUUGUACUCACCUCAUAUGGCAAUAAUGGCUCCAGUGCCUACCUAUCACCAGGAUAGUUGCUAUUGUUAUGAUUGUCAGGACUAUCAGCGUUACAAAUUCCAUCAUGGAUUCUAUCAUAACCAUCAAAACUCUCAAAAUGGAAGGAUACAAAAAAGAGUGACUGAGUUAUUGAACGAUCGAAGGAAAACAGGAUUUAGUCCACUGGAGAUUCAUCGUCCAUUGUUAUCGGAGCAACAUCAGCAUCAACAACCACAACAAAACUAUAUGCAAGUAGCUCCACAAAUGUGGAACUAUAUAAGUGGAGUGACUAGCACGACAACUAGAAAUGAUGAAGAAUGCGAGCUAUCUGAAGUAACGUUGGAAAGACAAGCCCAAGGUUUUGGAUUCCGCAUAGUUGGAGGAACUGAAGAGGGUUCCCAAGUAACUGUAGGGCACGUAAUCCCAGGAGGUGCAGCUGAUGGAGAUCCUAGAAUUGCUACUGGUGAUGAAAUUCUAAGCAUCGAUGGAGUGAAUGUGGUAAAUUCAUCUCAUCAUAAAGUUGUUUCUUUAAUGGGUGAAGCUGCCCUACGUGGACAAGUGAUAAUGAUAUUGAGACGUAGAAUGAGACAUUCUUCAGCUCCUACUCAAGGACGACCGAUUCGAUAUCCAUACGAUGUAAUUGUUAGUCGACAUGAAAGUGAAGGUUUUGGGUUUGUAAUUAUAUCAUCAUCGAAUCAAUACUUCGGAUCAGCUAUUGGAAAGUUAAUUCCGGGAAGCCCUGCUGACCGUUGUGGAGACUUAAAAGUUGGCGAUCGAAUUGUUGCAGUCAAUAAAAUAGAUAUAGCAGGUAUGAGCCACGGUGAUGUCGUUAAUCUCAUUAAAGAAUCAGGCUUGCAUGUUCGACUCACAAUUGGAUCACCAAAAGAAGAUAACCCCAUACUUAGUCCAUCACAAUCAUCACCCGUGUUGACACAACUUAAGGGUGAUACUCCAACAUAUUUUGACAGAACCCACAUAAGUCAAUACCCACAAUUAUGACUCUGAGAUUUAAGAAUUCGGUUAUAUAAAAGCUUCCUACUAGAAGGAUUUUAGUAAAAGCAACGUACUUGUGGUUCAAUCAAUAAUUGUAACAGCAAGUGCGUUUGAAUUGUAAUUUUGUAAAUAUAACAAAAAAAACACAUCAACAACGUCGAUAAAGCUUGGUUCUUUUUCUAAAGACUGAUUGGAAAAGAACUAAGAGUAUAUACAAGUAUUUUAUGGCGAUUUAAAAGAUAACUAUGUAUUUGUGUACAUUUGAAAUAAAUUUAAGUUUAAACUGUAUCAAUUAAAGCUUUUACUCAAGCAUUGAAUUCUUGUUCAUAAUGUACUUACUCAGAUUGGUCUAAAAAUAGG